AUGGAGGAAAAUGUACCCAAAGAAGCAGCAGCCACACAUCUUCCGUCGCAACGCCUGCUGGGAAAGGUUGUAUUGGUGACUGGUGCAGGUGGCUCUAUCGGAUUGGAAACCUCUGCACGAUUAUUGCAGGAGGGUGCAAAUCUUGGUCUCGUGGACAUUAGCUCAGAUGCCCUCGAGCGCGCCGUCUCGCAGCUCAAGGUCAACAUACCCGGAGAAACGAUUGAGAAUCGCAUAUUGACAGUUACGGCCGAUGUCACUUCUGAGAAGGCUGUCGAGCAGUAUACAGCAAAGAUUGCCAGUCAUUUUCAACGUUUGGAUUGCGCAUUCCUCAACGCCGGAGUGAGCUAUACAUCGACGAGCAUCUUCGAUACAACCGAAGAAACCUACGAUCGAAUCAUGCAGGUCAAUGUCAAAUCUGCAUUCCUGGGCAUCAAACACACUGCCAAAGCCAUGAAGGAUUUGGGCACUGGAGGAAGCAUUAUCUUGACGUCGUCAAUAGCCGGUCUGAGAGGCACCCCAGGAUUGAUAGUCUACUCGAGCUCAAAGUUCGCGUUGCGGGGGCUUGCUCUCACGGCAGCAUCAGAGCUCGGGCCGCUGGGCAUCCGUGUAAACACCAUUCAUCCCAGCGGCAUUAACACACCAAUGUUCAAGGCAUCUUGGAGCCCAGAAAAGAUGGAGGAGUUGAGAAAGGGUAUGCCGUUAGGAAGAUUUGCCGAGACUGAUGAUAUUUCGGGUGUCGUGGCGUUCUUAGCUAGCGAUGACUCCAAGUUUAUGACUGGGGGCUUCUUGAAGAUUGACGGAGGUUGUGUCAGUUUUUAG